GUGUUUGUAAUGAAGAUUUGUUUGAACGAAGCAGAUGCUUCCUAUAUUCCUGACAUGAUCGAAAUUUGUUCUCGGCAUGAAUAUGGGAUUGAGUAGACAUUUCAGAAUCGGAAAGAACUACGUGUCGAACAUAAGACGGAAAAGGGGAAAGAAAUGUUUGAUAAUUCUUCCCCUGUGUUUCUACUUUACAGUCUAUGUCUUUAAUAACAUUUUACAGAACGUUCAGCGUGAACACAGAAUAUCCUCUCAUCUGCCCGAUUCGGUUGGUGGAAAACAAAUGUCUGCCGUCGGAGAUGCUAAGAAAACUACAUGGGAAGAAAUUAGACGGAGGAUUGUCGCCCACAAAAUGACAAGUAAAUCCACGAGGUUUGCUUAUAGAAUAUUGGAUUUAAUACCGUGGGGUAAAUGGCGCCAAAAGGAUGAGCACAGGCAAAAAUUGAAAUUUCAGUCAAUUACCGAUAUCGAUACCCAAAACGUUGGUUUAAAGCAUGAUGUUGAGCAUAAACGCGAUAAUGAACACCGAGAAACUGAAACACCCAACACUAUUGCUGAACAUGUAGAAGCAGACUCGAUGAAAGAAAGCCAAGAAAUAAGAAUGAGAAAUCUAGGGCACAUGGCAAAUGUAAAGUCAGAAGACACACAAAGAUCUCUUCCGAAGUAUUUGGAGCCAGUCAAUGGCUCUAAAGAAGUUGGCAACGCGCAAGUAAAGAGUGACAGAGAGGAGAAUCCAAACACAAAUAAAGAAGGAUCAGACGAAGUACAAGAAACUGUAAAAGAGGGUUCUCAUAACGAAGUUUUACAAGACCAAGAGUCAACGAAACCUCUGAUUGAGCAGAUAGGCUGGAAGCGUUUCAUAGAUCAUCAUCAUUACCAGUACUUAAUAAACCCAUUACGGGCUUGCUCAUCAUGGAAUCGUGGACCAAACCUAACGCUCUUGGUCCUUGUCCCUUCUGCUCCGAUGAACUUUGUUCGACGUGGUACCAUUCGUCGGACUUGGAUGAAGAACGCUUCCUCUAGGAACCUCUCCACAAUAACCCUGUUCCUAAUUGGUGCAACAAACGACAAAGGCAUGCAGCUGUUUAUCACACAGGAAGCCGAACGGUGGCAUGACAUUAUCCAGGAAGAUUUCGUAGACUCCUACCUUAAUCUCACUCUCAAGACAGUCAUGGCUUUGAAGUGGGCUUUGAACCAUUGUCCAAAUGCUGCCUUUGUCAUGAAAUCAGAUGACGACGUCAUGCUCAACAUUGCCAAUCUAACCGCGGAUUUGGGCAAUGCCCCUUUAGCUGCAAGGAGGAAAUUCGUUACCGGGCGCAGGGUUGACGACAUGGGACCGGUUCGGGAUAAUACGUCCAAGUGGUACACUCCCGAAUGGAUGUAUCCUGCCGAUAAAUACCCGACGUACCCAGAAGGACAUGCUUACAUCAUGUCUUCGGACGCAGUUGAGGCACUGUACCGCGUUUCGACAACAGUGCCGAUCUUCCCGUGGGAAGAUGUCUUCAUUGGGAUGUGCAUGCAGGAGAUUGGUCUAAAGGUACACCAUCUUGAUGCAGUAGAUUUGAACAUGUGCUUGCACAGUUCCUGGAGUUAUGAGGAUGCUUUCCUAAAGACCUCCGACACCUUGCUUGCACUUCAGCACGGUUAUAUGACUUAUGACUUAACUCCUGAACAAAUGGAUACAACAUGGUCAAUCUUGAACUCUAGGAAAUGGCCCUACACAGAAAAGGGGUUCUGCUCAGACCUCCGUAUUCUUGAGUGGCCUCGUUUGCCCAACAUUUGGAAACUCCUGGAAAACUCAUGAGAACUUACUCAGGACUCCUUAGUCAAGAGUAUAAGUUUCAGACGAUAUCAGGAUGGCAUUGCCCUUGUAACAUACGUAGACUGAUGAUUGUUGCCAACUUGCGGCAGUGUUAGUCAUAUCAUUUGAUACUGAACUUGAACAUUUUGUUGAAACAUUUCAACUUUAUCAUUGUUCAUGAAACAAAAUGCAAAAUUGAUAUUACGAAACACGUCGUACGUCACUCUAUAAUUGCAAAACAUUAUACACAAUGUAUUGUAUUACUAUUUUGUUUAGAAAAAAUUAUUAGAAGUGAUGAUAGAUAUGAAACGAAGCUGCCUAUUAGGGGUGGAUGAGGGAAACUACACACCCUCCCCGAAAUGUGAAAAAGUAAUCUUUGUAUUACAAAUUUAAUGGUAACACUAUGAUGUUAUUGUGGGCAUUGUGAACACAGUGUAAGAUAGAUCAUUCCCUUUAUGUG